UUAAUUGUCUGUUCGCUGCAAUUAUAUUGGGCCGCAGGGGAUCGAGAUCGAUCUGCCAAGAUGGGGAGAAAAAUUUAAUCGAUCUGCAGCUUAACAAAUUAGUUCAGUCUUUAAUUAGAAGCGAACUUCGUAGAGAACCUCAAAGGCCAUUAGCAAAUUGCUGUCUAAUUUCCCUUUUACUUUUGUUUGGAUUCAAUCAACGCCGCUGCAAGAAACCAGAGCAAACAAAGUCAACCACGAAUUUAUUGGUAGCUGAAAUGCAAAAUAAUGGGACGACUACAGCAGCGCAACGUAGAUGGCCAUUGCUUCAUUUCUAUUUUUUAUUUAUUAAUUUUUAUUUUACUUUUUUUGUUUUUUGUUUUUGAUUUAUUUUAAUCUUUCGUUUUCUAUUUCGCAUUCUGCUUUUCGCAUUCUGCUUCUUAAUAGUAUUCGCGCACCGGAGUGAAACUUUUACUGUGGUCAGGCAAAGCGAUCGGACUAAAAUCUAAUCGCCCACUGCUGUCUAAGAUCAGUUGAGUUUCGUACUUAUGCGAGCGCUGUCGCAUCUUGGCCAGCUUCACAAAAUCCAAGAUGCAGUUUUUGGUUUUGUACGCGCUGAUCGCACUCGGCGCAAUUCUCGAGGCAGAGGCACGUGUGCGCGGCCGGCUGUACGAUGAGGAAAAGGAUACUAUUCUGGAGUUGCCCAAGCUGGGCGCCAUUCAGGGCAAAAUAGUGGAGACGGCGUGGACCAAGCGCGAGGUGCUGCAGUUCGUGGAUGUCCGAUAUGCUGAGCCGCCGACGGGACAGCAUCGGUUUAAGCCGCCACGCCCCAUUGAGCCCUGGGAAGAUGUUAUGGAUGCGACAGCUGAGAAAAUCGGCUGUCCGUCUGUCGUUUCGAUGAACGCCCUGCAAAAGCUGGACGAUGUGCUGGACGUGGAGGACUGCCUUACCAUGACCAUAACCACGCCGAACGUGACGGCCAGCCUGCCGGUGCUGGUCUACAUACACGGCGAGUACCUCUACGAGGGCAGCAACUCGGAGGCGCCACCCCACUAUCUGCUGGAAAAGGAUAUAGUGCUGGUGACGCCACAGUAUAGACUGGGGCCGUUCGGCUUCCUCUCGACCAAAACCGACGAGAUACCCGGCAAUGCCGGCGUGCUCGACAUCUUCUUGGCCCUGCAAUUCGUAAAGCACUUCAUUAAGUAUUUUGGCGGUGAUCCGAGCCGCAUCACGGUGGCCGGCCAGGUGGGUGGGGCGGCCAUAGCCCACCUGCUCACCCUGUCGCCGAUGGUGCAGCGCGGCCUGUUCAGCCAAGUGAUCUAUCAUUCGGGCUCGGCCAUUAUGCCCAUUUUCCUGGAGGACAAUCCGCGCAAGCACGCCCAGGAGAUCGCCCAGAAGGCUGACUGCCAGAUGGUAACUGUGCGCGAUCUCAACAAAUGCCUAAUGGAGCUGAGCGCCUUGGAGCUGCUGAAUGCAUUCAUGGAGCAUGCGCUCGAGAAAUCUGAUCUGGGCAUUGGUCAUACGGGCGGCAUACAGUUCACAAUUGGCGGUCCCAGCGGGGUGCUGCCCAAGCAUCCAUAUGAUCUCAUGCUGGAGUCGAACUUCUCCUACCCCGCCAUGGGUGGCUGUCCCAAGAAUGCGGGCACACGUGUGCUCAAUGAAAUCGUGGAGAACGACUUUGAGGGCAAGAUACCCGAUGACGAAUACAAUACGUACGACUAUAUCGAUCACGUCAUACGCCAGGUGGUGGGCACCGACAAGACCAUGCUGCUGACCAGCUUUGUUACCCACGACUUUUUCAACCGCCAGCUGCUUGAGAACGGAACCUUCGACACUCUGAUUCCACGGCUAAUUGAUGUGGCGGGCACCUUGAACCAUAAGCUGCCCGUGCUGUUGGCGAUGAACAUGAACAACAAACACAAUCCGGAGAACACGUUUCUCUAUUCAUUCGACUAUGCGGGCGAGUUCAAUAGGUAUCGCGACAUGGACGAGGAGACGAACAUGCAGAGCCCCUUCAAAGCUGGCGUCUCGCUCACCGACGAGGCGCUCUAUCUGUUCCCCUAUCCCGAUCAUGUGAAGCGCCUGAGCCCACCCGAUAUGACGAUGGCCCAUCGCAUGGUCGAGCUCUGGACAAACUUUAUAAUUACCGGCAAUCCCCUGGGCUCCUAUCGGUCCGGCUAUUGGCCGCCCAUGACCACGCUCUAUGGCCCCUAUAUGAAGAUCGACGAGACCUUGACCAUUGGCGGCAACUACUUCACUGAGUUCUCGGCCACGCUGAAGGACGAGGAGCAGGGCCACAGUCUCAUACGUGAGAUUUACUACUUGCGCAAUCGAGCACAUCGCAAGGUCCUCGGCCAGGCGCAGCGCAAGAAGCAAGCGGCGAGCCAACUCAAAAAGCUGGAGGUGCGAAAGAGUCUCGUCAAGCGCCCCAAUCGCAACAAGAUACGGUUCUAGGCGUCAGGCAACUAGACCAUUAGCUUACCAGUAUUUCUAAUAAGAAUCCGUACAUAAAUUAUAAUAAUUUAAUUGAAUUUAAUUUAAAUUAAAGAAGUCGCGCUAGCUU